AAACCCCUAUCCCCUCCUCUGCUCCUUCCCCCACUCUCGGUCAGUCACCUCCUCCUCUCCCCAAGCUCGCGACCGUCCAUGGUGUUCGCCGCGCCGGCAGGGGUGGGAGGCCGCCCCCUCUCCCUCGCUCUCCCCGCCUCCAGCUCGGCCCCCUUCCUCCUCCGCGACGGCGGCGACUCCCCGCAGCGUGGGAGGCUCCGCCGCCUCACCUUCCCACGGAGAGGAGGCGCCAGGGGAGAUAGCCGGGGGAGAUGGAAUUGCCACAUAACUCGCUGUGCCGGCGAGGCGAAUGUGGUGACCGAGGAUGAUACGGCGAAUGUUUCUGCUGAUGCCGCUGCGGACCAAGCCGCCGAUGCCAUCGGCGAUGGCGCGGAUGUGCUGGAGUCCUUGAACCCUGACAACGCUGAUUCAGUUGCCUGGAUAAAGCAGCAGCCUCUCCCUUAUCCUUCAGAUGCUCUGGAGCCAUACAUAAGCAAGGAGAUGGUGGCGCAGCACUGGGGAGUUCACCAGCACAUGCACGUGGACAGGCUCAACGGCAUGAUCGGCGGCAGCGAGUGGGAGCGCAUGUCGAUUGGGCAGAUGAUGCUUGCCUCGUUCAACGAGGGCAGGGAGCCACCCCACGCUCCCUUCUUCCAUGCCGCACAGGUAUGGAACCAUGAUUUCUACUGGCGAUCGAUGAAGCCUGGCGGUGGAGGCAAGCCCCCCGAACGGCUUCUGAAGUUUAUAAACAGAGACUUCGGAUCCUAUGACGGCAUGAUCAAACAAUUCAUGGAUGCCGCGCUAACUCAGUUCGGUUCUGGAUGGGUUUGGCUUUCUUACAAGGGAAGCAAGUUACCUCAUGUGAAGUCAAAAAGCCCAAUCCCAUCUGACAACUAUGGUAGGCUGGUCAUCUCAAAGUCUCCAAAUGCUAUCAAUCCUCUUGUCUGGGGCCACUCUCCACUCCUUGCGAUUGAUGUUUGGGAGCAUGCCUACUACCUGGAUUAUGAGAAUCGAAGGGCUGAGUACGUCUCUGCAGUUCUAGAGAAGCUCGUGUCAUGGGAAAUGGUGGAGUCCAGGCUCCGGAAAGCUGUUCUGCGAGCAAUAGAGAGAGACGGCCACACCAGCCCGAAGCAGCGAAGGAAGCAACUUCUGUCUCAGGCUAGAAGCCGCGUUGGGGAUGCAAGCACCAGCGGUGAGGCAAGAAGGCGACCAAGAAGUAAGGAUCAGCAGGCCCCUUCCAGCGUGACAAUGGUGCCAGCAGGCGAGGCAGUACCGAACUGAGCCAUGAUCCCAUGAGGUUGACAACCAGUAGCACGGGUAGGCAGCUAGAGCAGCAUGUCCAAAAUCCUCUAGAAUGGUAGUCUCUGAAGAACGCGUGCACCGCACUACAGGCGUCACUUUGCUUCCUGCUGACCGUUGUAGCACGAUUUGCACGCAGUAGUUUUUGUCGAUGUUUGUCGAACAGGAGUGUAUUAGUAUCUCUGUACCGCUUGAGCAACACGCAACAAUGCUGGAUAGGCUGAAUUUUGGUAAGUAGCCUCAGGGUUUGAUGUCCUGUAUUUGUUUAGAGAUAGGCUUAGGAGGUAGGCACUUGGGACUCUGGUCUUUGUAGAAGAGGAAUCAGAGUUUCUGUCCCCUUUUGGAUCAUAAAUAUCAGCAAUUUCCUUUUGAUGCUCA